GUUAUUUGAAAGUAAUUUAGUUGCAGAUGUUUUGUUUCCAUUAUGCGUUUUACUUAGUCUUGUGUUGUCAUCAAAUGGAAGUGUGAAUGAGCAAAAAAUUAGCAUCAGUGUUUGGAAUAAAAUUACGCAGGUCAAGAAAUGGAGGAAACGAAAAGUACAGGAAAUAGGUUUAAGGUCAGCGCUGUUGGCUACGAAAAUACAGCGUUUGAGAACGGAGACGAUGGCAAUAAUAUUCUUGAGGUAAAACCAGCUCGUCGCUCGAGUAGUUUUUUAGGAGACUUCUUAAUGGGGAGAAGGCGCUCUUCGACCAUGUAUGGUACUGAUGCCCUGGACGGUAAUCUUGGCAGAAAAAGUCGUAAGCAUUCAAUUUUUAUAGACUUUUUCAAAGAUCCCGCCAACAGCAUUAUGGAUUAUGGCCACGAAGCUGCUCCACGAUUGGAAAGUUAUAGGAAUUCUCUCACAGUGAACCAGUAUAUGGUCAGGCCGACGCUUGAUCAGCUUCACCAAGCACAGCAAGAUAAUAAACCAGCAUUAACAUCUGGAAAAGGGCAAAGCACUGGAGCCGUCAAAUUUGGAUGGGUCAAAGGCGUUUAUAUAAGAUGCCUAUUGAACAUAUGGGGAGUGAUGCUCUUUCUGCGCAUGGGCUGGAUGACAGGACAGUGUGGCAUCGGUUUAGCAAUAGUAAUUGUCCUACUCUCCACUGUGGUCACGGUGAUUACAACUUUGUCUAUGUCUGCAAUAUGUACAAAUGGUGACGUCAGAGGUGGCGGAGCUUACUAUUUGAUCUCACGCAGCUUAGGUCCAGAAUUCGGUGGUGUGGUUGGAAUCCUUCUUUUCCUCGCAAAUGCUGUUUCUGGAGCGAUGUACAUCAUAGGGGCCGGAGAAGGAAUCCAAGAUAUUUUAAAAGAAUUAGGAAAAGGGAUCGUAGAGUUCCCCAGUGGAAAAAAAUGACGUUCGUCUGACGAGUAUUUUAUGUUUGCUACUGACGAUGUCCGUCACUAGCAUAGGAAUGGAAUUUGAAAAUAAAACACAGGUCAUACUUUUGAUAGUUCUUCUGAUUGCCAUGAUGGAUUACUUCGUGGGAGCUUGCUUGCCCCCAACAGUGGCACAGUAUGCAAAAGGUUUUGUGGGAU